GCCCUGCGCGUCGUCGCCGCCGCCUGUUGUACCUCUUGUACCUCCUCCUCAUCGUCCUGUCUGCCCUCGCUACUUCGCUACCUCGCUUUUCAGUUCCAGUUUCCAGUCAGUGCCAGUCGCUGCGGCGGAACCGGCAGCCCUUUACGGGGAGGACAUGGUUCAGGAGCUCGCAGUCUCGCACCCAGGACCGCCAAGUGGUGAUCGUUAUUUCUCUCGCGAAGCAGAACAGUGCGGGUGUUUCUCGUGGUGUGACGCGUACGAUAUGUGUCGCAGGCUGUGAAAAAGGCUACCCGUUGCGUCACGCCCAGGAACAUCUAUGGGCCGUAAACGGUGGUGGCAAGGAGGCUUGGUGGAGCUGCUGGUGCUCUGUAUCCUCCAUUACACCGUCGUUCUGGCCAUCGCUGACGGCGAUGUCGGAUGUCUAUUCAGCGAGGAUAUAUGCGAUCCCCAGACGGAAAAAUGUUUUGACGAUCUGGCAUUCGGAAAAUGUAUACCUCGGUACAUGAAUUUAGAGAGUGACGAUUUAUAUCGAUAUAAUCUUGAUAUCGGCGAAUUGGAGCUGCUACAAUCGGUGAGACUGCAAUUGAUGAGACUGGAAUCCGACGGAUACAAGUGGAAACAUCCCUUUACACAAUGUAUUGUGCAAACCUUGUUGCAUAAUCUCCGAUACGGACAAAACAAUUUUCGUGAUUUUCAUCUCUGCGAGUAUUUGAAGAAACCACGUUUCGAUGAACAAGGUGGACUUAUUGACGAGAUAGUUCCAGCGGUCGCCAUACUAAGGAUAUCUGCGGAUAAUGAAAAUCCUGAGAGUAAUUUGGCCGAUGUUCUAUAUCGUCCCACAGACAUCGAAGACAAAUCUGAAUACACGAAAUGGCGUAGUGGCGAGAAUGAUCGGACUUCGGUCAACGAUGAGAAAUACGACAACGUGUACGGAAAAUCACUGAACGAUGUGCGCGAACAAUUUUAUCCGCCCAGAACACGUCGGUUCAGCUUCAUCGACGAUUAUAAAAAUGAUGUUACCGAGUCAUUCGAGGAUACUUUGAGAGACGAGGCACUGUCAUCCGAGGAUGACUAUGAGAAUACUUAUGACACACAACUUUUAUCCGCCGACGAUCUUGAAUUCUUACAGAACGAAAAGUCGCCAGAUUACACAUUGUUGAAGCCCUCUUCCAACGACGAGACAAAUGAGAGGGAAUACGAGAGAGUGUUCUCUAGGAAGUAUAAGCAUCGAAAGAAACCACUGCAUCUCAAGUUUUCCGAUGCCGAUGCGAAAAGGACGGCGAUCAGACGCGACGAGGAUCUCGAUAUUGAGAAUAGCGAAAUUGAUGAAGAGAACUCGGCAGAGAUCGAGAGACCUGACGGGGAUGUUUCUUCGAAAAUACGCGGGAUGUAUACCGAGGGAGGCAUUGUGCGACCUACGAAAUAUAAAAUUACAUCCGAUGCAAGUGGAACUGUGCACGAUGAGAUGUAUGACGAUGAUUUGGAUGCGCUUUUAUGGAGACGAGAGUUGGCUGGUUUUAAGCGCAGGGAACGCUUAGACGUUAAAAAGCCUGGACCGCCGUUUUCGACGAAUAAUUACGCAUUCAAAACUCAAUCUCCGGCUGCUAUCCUUGACAAAGAGUAUUCCGAGACGGAUAAUCAGGACAAUAACGAAGUAUAUGCACCAUUGACUAAGAAGGAAUUACCCGGUGAUACAUACAAAACGAGCGAUGAUCGGUCAGAAACUUAUAAAAAUGUCGAUUUAGAUUACGUCUAUAUCGUGUUUGAGCAGGAGUUUCAUACAUGGGUUGAAGGAGAACACGUGGUUACUAAGGUUGAAGAACUCCUGGGAUUGCCUACUGGAACAUUAAGAGAUAUACGAGUGGGCCGCGCGGAAGUAACGUUUAAAGUUGUUCAAAAUGACAAAAAUUACAAUGCGACUGACGUUGCUAACAGUAUCGAUAAUAUACGUGGUAAAUUACAAAAUGAGCUAGGAAUUGAAGUUAUUCGAGCGGGUAUAGGUAAUAAGGUUAAAUUACCAGCUACUCUGGAAGUAGCCAGAGAAAGCGAGAUGAGUUCUAGUUUUUUCGGUGCAUUGGUAGCUGCUGGAGUUGCGGCUGCGAUCGCAGCCGCAGUAGUCACGCUGAUAAUUGCGCGUCGCCACGCCAAAUGUCGAGCAAAGCUUGCCGGGCUGGCCACUCCGGAUCCAGAAGCAUCCAAGGAUUAUCAGGAUUUAUGCAGAGCGAGAAUGCAGGCGAAACAGCCGAGCGAAAAGUUAGAGUCGCCGCGUAUCACCAGUUUGUCACGCGAAAACGAAUCCAGUAAUCUGCCUUCCAAUCGCUCCAGCACAUCCUCCUGGGGCGAGGAACCUACUCUCUCCAACAUGGACAUAUCGACCGGUCAUAUGGUUCUCAGUUAUAUGGAGGAUCACCUGAAAAACAAGGAUCGUCUGGAUCAAGAAUGGGCGGCAUUAUGUGCUUAUGAAGCCGAACCAUCGUCUACGGAGAUCGCAGAGAGCGAGUCGAACAUCAAACAGAAUCGUCCCAGCGCGGCACUUCCCUACGAUCACUCUCGAGUAGUUCUGAACGAUCUUGCAAACGCCAAUAAUUCCGACUACAUAAAUGCUUCCACGAUCAAGUCGACGGAUCACGACCCUCGGAAUCCGGCUUACAUAGCUACACAAGGGCCAUUACCGCAGACCACGGCUGAUUUCUGGCAGUUGGUUUGGGAACAAGGCAGCGUGGUGAUUGUAAUGCUGACACGACUUACCGAGGAAGGCCGUGCCAUGUGCCAUCGUUACUGGCCCGAGGAAGGAUCGGAGCUCUAUCAUAUCUACGAGGUACAUCUGGUGUCGGAACACUUUUGGUGUGACGAUUACCUAGUGCGCUCCUUCUAUCUGAAAAAUCUGCGCACUUGUGAGACUCGUACUGUCACGCAAUUCCACUUCCUCUCCUGGCCGGAGAACAGCGUCCCGUAUUCCACAAAGGCUCUGCUCGAGUUCCGUAGGAAAGUUAAUAAAUCGUAUCGUGGUAGGUCAUGUCCGAUAGUAGUGCACUGCAGCGAUGGAGCUGGGCGAACCGGUACUUACUGCUUGAUCGACAUGGUCCUAAAUCGUAUGACGAAGGGAGCGAAGGAAAUCGACAUCGCCGCUACUCUGGAGCAUAUUAGAGAUCAAAGGCCCAAUAUGGUUGCUACGAAACAACAGUUUGAGUUCGUCCUAAUGGCAGUGGCGGAAGAGGUACAUGCGAUUCUCAAGGCUUUACCCGUAUCAAGUGAGAAAUCUGUUACGGCUACCGGUUCUUCGCCACCCACGAAAACGGAGCAGUAAAGCUGAAGCUGCGACGCAAAUUUAAUCCUAAACGGUAUAAAAUAGGCACCUGAUAAAAACACCUUUUUAAUUCUAAUAGAUUUAAGAAAGAAUUAUUUCUUCAUGUUUGUUUACAAGUUUUAUGAAAAAAUUCAGAAAAUUUAAUAAUUUUCUUAAGUGAUUUUUGAAACUCUGUUCUUCAUGAUUUCAGUAUCGUUGUUGUGAUGUUUGAAAAAUCUGAUUGUAUAAUGUGUUUGUCAGCUAUUUUAUACUCUUCAGGAUUAAAAUAAUCAUAAUCGAGACGCGAACGAGAGUAAAAGGUAUAUAUUCUAUUGAUUUCGAUGUGUCAUGAAAAAGCUAAAUACUUUUACUAGCUGUUUACUACGAUGUAUCCUACUGGAGUAAAGAGUGAAUCAAUCGGUUAUUUCGUUGAAAUUUUCUACACGCUCAGUAUUUCCCGAUUGACGCACCUUCGCGUAAUUGGUUUUAGAGUGCACCAAUCGUCGCGAGCUUCUUUUUUCGUAUUCUGAUUCUGAUUGUAUUUCCCCAAAAUGCGAAAAGAAAGAUAGUCGAUUUAAAUUCCUACGAUGAAAAAUAUGUAAUCAUAUAUAGUCAGAGAAACGUACUAAUUUAAAUACAGUUUUAAUUUAAGUACAAUGUGUAAAGAGAAGGAAAGUAAGCGAUGUACUUGUAUAGGUAUGUUAAGACAGCUUCAAGUAUAAUGAAUUUAUGAAUUUUAAUAUUUUUUUUAUCGCUAUGUCGUCAGAUGGUACUGUUUUAUUACAUCGACUAAUCGCAUAAUGUCUCUUUUCGCUCAUUCAAACGCGGCCUAUUUCAAAGGUCAAGUACCUGUAGACAACAAACAGACAGACGGACACGAUUAGGUGUUACUCGAGGCAUAUGUAUCAACAACUGAACGAUUAUUAUACUGUGCGAUCGAUCGGUGAAACGACGGAACAUUUUAUACUAGUAGAGUCUAACUAGCACCUCGAUUUCUUAUCAUUAAACGCGGCCGUUUGAGAUCGGAGUUUUUAUUUGUUUCAUAUAAAGAUUAUAUUCAGUAUUAAUGGACUGACGAUCAGACUGGCUGCGUUUAACACUAAUUAUGCGUUGUGAAUACGGGCCGGGAUUUUUAUUGUUUGCCGUGGACAAAAUAUAUUGUUUUUUUGUAGAUGAAAAAGUUUAUGGAAUAUUUAUAUAUAAAAUCACAUCGCGCUGUCGGAAAUUGUAUCGGAUUUUAAUACUUUAUUAAAAUUGUAUAUAUCAUACACUGGCUCAAUCUAAUCAUAAUUAUUUAAAUUUAUUUAUAAUGUGAAACACAUUUGCGAAAAACGGGACAUUCCUGUUAUAUUGUAAAACAUUUUGCAAAAAGACAAGAUUAUCUAACGUGUACAUAAUUUGUGUACACUGAUUGAAUUACAUUAAUUCCUACGUGCCCUUCGAUUAACGUGCUUUAAAAUAGCUUUAAAGGAAUGGGUGAAUUUUUCGAUCUCGAAUUCAUAUUUCGAAUUUAUUAAAUUAAAUAAUAUACAGCGUAAACCAAUCAGCUAAGUCAAUUGCAUGAUAACUAAAGUACGUAUAUGACCAUUUACAGUUUUGCAUGGAACAUCUACUUCCUAACUUUAUUUCCUUCAUAAAAAAUUCUUAAUAUGUUGUAUUUUUAUUUUAUAAACGAGUUGAAUUAUUCGUGAAAGUAUCACACAAAUAUGAGAUUUUAUUAUACUACAAUAUCGGGAAUAUAUUUCAAGUACGCGAUUGAUCGAUCGGACAGCCACAAACCAUUAUAUCAAUUCGCAAAAAAAAAAGAAGACAAAAAACUGCGUAUAUUUAUGCUAUGAAAUGAUCUAGUCAAUAGUUAAUAAACGUUUUAUUUUCCAGUAUUGCUAUAAGAGAGUUGGUAAUGUAACUUGAUGUUUUACACUACAGUAUUCUGUGUGCGUGCGAUCGUUUUGCUGGGAAAAAUAUAGCUUGAUGAACGUGAUGUUAAAUGAUGCAGAUUACAUACGUAAAUGUAAGCGCUGAUAGGAAUAUUAUAUUACUAUUUUAUUACCGUUUGGCGAUUAAAUUCACAUCAAAACUUUUGACAAUAUAAGUUUACUAGUAUUAUUUUUUGUGCUAAAAAAUGUAUUCUAUACAUAUCUGUAACAUCUAUUUCAUUUAUCGAGAAAUAUGAAUUUUUAGAAAUGAAAAUUAAGAAAGGAAUGUAACAGCAUUUUUUAAUUAAAUAUAUUUUUGGAAGCAAUGUCAAAAUUGACACUAACAAAGGGACAACAAACUCUUGACCCCUCGAAUUUUAUCAAAUUUUUAAUAUGUUACAGUACACUCCAUUCAUUAAUACAAGGUACAGUAACUCUGUAUAAUGGGCAAUAGUUUAUGAAAUAAUUCAUGUUUAAAUUUUUCACGUAUGAAAUUGUUUUAAAAAUCUGCAAAAUAAAGUUCAUUUAUGUAUUAUAAAUAAAAAAAAUAGAAUUAUAAUGAUAUUCCAAAAAAGUACAUACAAUUAACAAAAAUACAGUAAAUGACAGUUAAUCUUCGGUGUCAAAAACUUUCAAUUUGCCCAUCAUCAAUAUUAUAGUCAUAAUGAGUACACGUUUUUGAAUGGUAUCUAUCAUAAAAACAUUUAAAACGUUACUAAUUUGCGGCAAGCGUCUUUUAUUAAUGCAACUUCUUCGCAUAAGCAUAAUUUAUCAUUGAUAUAAAAAAAAUUUAACAUUAAUAUUUUAAAAACUAUUGCGCAUUGGACAGAGUUUACUGUACUUUGUAUUAGAUAAAUAAAGUGUACUGUAACAUAUUAAAAAUUUAGCAAAAUUCAAAAGUUCAAGGGUUGGUUAUCCCCUUAUAAGUGAAAUUGGUGAUAGAUUUAAGAAUUAAUGUUUCACGAGCCUAUAUAAUUAAUUGUUUCACAGCCUUGCGUGAUGAAAAUAUUAUUUUAGAGGGGAUUUUGAAAAGCAGGAACACUAAUGUACCUUGAAACUGUGUCAAACUUUGCUUGAUCACUGCAACUGAGUUUGAUUAGCCUUCUUUAGCACCGACUGACUCACAAAAUAAAUUCUAUAUUUUUAUGUAAAGGGAUGACUAUAUAUAUAUAAAUAUAUAUACAU